AUGGAAGCAUAGUUUGCAGAUUCAUCUGCAAAGCUUACUGAGAAAGUGAAAAUGCAGUGCAUAUAUAAAAAAAAAAAAGUGAUAAUCCAGACAUCCUGGAUGAAACUUAAUGUAACUCUUAGAGAAAAUACAGCUGUCUUGAAUCCAAUCUAUGGCAUGCAUACCAAAGACAAAUACAAUAGAAGAAUUUAUUUUGAAAAUAAUGCUCUUCAUCAAAAUAAAGAAAUCUGGCCAGCAUACAAGAAUGAUCACUUUGUAGAUGCUUUUGAAGUGUCUGAGAAACAAAAUAAUCCCAUGUUUACCAGGCUGGGAGGAAACAUUGCUUUUACUUGCCCUGAUGAAAUUGGAGAUUCAAUGCAGCAAGUGAUGUGGGAAAGGAUUAAAGCAGAUUGGGUAGAUAUUGUCAUUCUGUGCAACUCAUCAGGAAAGCAAAGCUUUGGUUCAGAUUUCAAAGAAUGUACACCAGUGGAUUGCUCUGAUCAGUAAAACUCCAGGACUGUCUUUCAAAACAUUACAGCCUCUGACUUUGCGAUAUACUUCCAUGUAGCUGCUGGGAGAAACAAAAACUAUAUGAUGAAUUUUACUGUGGCUGCAGCUCGGGAUCACAAAAGGCUUAUUACCUACCUAGUUGAAAGGAUUUCUUCUGCUGUUUCAGUGUUAGAUUUCUUACUGAUCUUCAUCACCACUGCUUAUCACAAAAAAGCCUGGAGCAGCUCCAGCGCCCUUCGGCCUCCCCCUGGACGCCCGGGUCUGCCACUUCUCUCCCGCGUGCCGCUCGGCUGGCAUGCCGGCGGGUAA